CUCCCUGUACAGCUGUAUGACCCUGUACAUACACUUCACUCUGGUACACAUAUACAUACAUACAUAUAUAUAUACACACCCCUAUACAUACAUGCAAUUAUAUAUGUACGCAACAUGGGGUAUACAGACCAACAGGUGGAGCAGUAUGUUGGUGAGAUUAAAGGUGGCCUGAGACCAACCAUGAAGCUCACAGUCAUAGGCAUGGUACACUCCAAACCCAAGAGCUUUUCAGUGACCCUGCUCUGUGAUCCAGUGGAUGCCAACAAAGAUGUUGGGCUGUUAUUCACAGUUAACUUCAGUGAGAAAUCCAUCACUCGAAAUGCACGAAUUGCUGGGAAAUGGGGAAGAGAAGAGAAGACUAUUCCCUACUUUCCAUUUACAGCAGGCGACACAUUCAAGAUGGAACUCUUAUGUGAACACCAGCAAAUACGAGUCUUGCUGGAUGGACGGCAGCUCUGUGACUUCACUCACCGCGUUCAGCCUCUCAACUUGGUGAAAGCUUUGCGGAUCUCAGGGGACAUCAAGCUUACCAAAGUGGCUUGAAAAAAGGAGACCAAGAUAUCACCAGAGGACAGAGGAAGAUGUACUUUCUCUUGCCUCAGACAUGUUUUGUCUUUUUCCCCUGACUGAUUCUGGGGAGUGGGAACUGUAUCUUUUUAAUUCGCUGAUGUGUUUGAGAUACA